UCCAAAUUUUGUUUUAUAUAAAAACCUUAACUCACUCCAUGGAACCUCUAAUAAUCCCCGUUUUUGUCAGAUGGUUUACUCAUGUUAACAAGGUAAAAUUUUGUCACACUCACCACACAACAAACACAAGCACUCCUUUGUUUUUUUGGCAAUAGUUGGACAGAAUGAAUACCUUCAUAAUAAUUAAUAGCUUCCAUUUUCAUAUACAUCUGGUAAUGAAGUUUUUACUAAUAUUGACUCAUUAGGGCCUCAAACUUGCAAAAUGGUGUUGCUCUGGAUGAAUUUUAUGUUGACAUAGAUCUUCAUGCUCACCCUAUUAUAGAAUUCAAUUUUGAUGAGACUUAACAAUUUCCGGGGCACUGAAUGGGGCUUCCAUUAUUGAUAUAAAGAGGACACAAAUUGGAGAUGACUUACUUUCGCAUCUGGAGAAAAUGUCACAGAAGUACAGCCACAAUUUGAUGCAAUAAGUAAAUGUUCUGAAAGGGGGAUAAUUGUUUCGGGGAUUGCUCCUCCAGGCUCAAAAUUUGACUUUUACAGUCGGUUCUUCUGCCCAAAAGAAGGAGUCGAUGAGGUAAGUGGCUAAUUAUUAUUAUAAAUGUAAUAUAAUGUUCCUACAAUUGCAUUGGCAAUGUCUCCUUAAUUAAACAAUUAAUGAAGACAUCCAAGGUAAGAUUCAGAUCUUGAUUUUGACCUCAAUAUUAACUGCCAAUUCUUUUCUUUCCUGUUGUUUUAACCAUAUAGUCUACUGCUCUGCUUGCAGAUCUGAGGUCAAGUCUUUCAACAAGCACAUCUCAAUUUUAAAUUGAGUAAACGACCAAAUUUGUCUUAAAUUUAAAAGUUAUUGUCAUAUUAGUCUUCGAAAUUAAGAAAUUGUUAAGUAUGUUCUUGAAACUGAAAAUUCACAAUUAUUAGUCCAAAAUAAAUAAAUAAAAUUGUAACUAAAGUAAUAAUAUUAAUAUAUAUUUAGAAACUAAAGUGACAAUAAAUUUAAAGACUUUUUUGAUAUUUCAAAGGCUUAUUAGUUUCAAAGACCAAAAUAAUAGUGCGUUUUAACUCAAGGUCAAUAAUGUUAUUAUUACUCCUACUUUUACAAGGCCCGUUGUUGGAUCAUUUGGAUGAAUGAGAGGAUAUUUAUAUAGAAGCAAGUCCUAUAUUCCAUUUCACUCCUAUAUUUGACCAUAGAACUAACGAGAUAAUGUUAAAUAACUAGUAUUUCAUUUCAGGAUCAUGUGUGUGCGAGUGCACAUUGUGCCUUGGCAUCCUACUGGAGCAGGAAGCUGGGGAAGUGUGAUUGUUGUGCCCAAAGUGUGUGGGUAUUCUCCAAAGUCCCACGUUGGGUAUUUUUGAAGAAGGGAGGAAUGUUGUGCCUAAAGUGUGUUAAACUUUGUGGCCAUGCCACAUUAGCUGCUGCACACACACUCUUUUCAUCUGGUUUAGUGGAUACCAAUAUUAUUGAAUUUGUAACGCUAUCUGGACUAUUAACUGCCAAAAGAAUCCCAGCGGACAAAAUCUCUAGAGCCUCAAACUUGCAAAAUGGGGAAACUGAGGAAGGAUUUUACAUUGAACUGGAUUUUCCUGCUGAUCCUAUAACAGAAUUCAAAGUGGAUGAGACUUCACAAGUUUCUGGGGCAUUGUAUGGUGCUUCCAUAAUCGAAAUAAGGAGGAGCCAAGUUGCAGAUGACUUGCUUGUUGUAGUCACAUCUGGGGAAAAUGUCACAGAAGUACAGCCACAACUUGAUGCAAUAGUUAAAUGUCCUGGAAGGGGGAUAAUUGUUUCAGGGAUUGCUCCUCCAGGAUCAGGAUUUGACUUCUUCAGUCGAUUCUUCUGCCCAAAAUUUGGAAUCAAUGAGGAUCCUGCCUGUGGGACUGCACAUUGUGCCUUAGCAUCUUACUGGAGCAAGAAGCUGGGGAAAUGUGAUUUCAAUGCUUAUCAGGCAUCACCAAGAGGAGGAGUUUUCAAUAUUCAUCUAGACGAGCAGAACCAACGAGUGCUUUUGCGUGGGAAAGCUGUUACUGUGAUGGAAGGGUGUAUUCUGGUCUAGUUCUGUUCUUAGCAUUUCAGAUUAUGUAACCAGAAUUGAAAAUGGAGUACUGUAUUGUUAUUAUGCUUUAUGCCAGCAAAUCUGUAUUUGAUAGAGUUACACACAAACCUGGUUGUGCAAUAUAACAAUCACAUUUGCUGUAUAACCUGGAUUCAAUGUAUUAGCCAGUUCAUUGCUUUUGUUA